AUGUCUGACUACCUAUCGUUCUCAGAACGUAGUAUGAAGUGGCCGCCAAUGUUUGGCCGUGUGCCGUACGAGCGGCAGUCGAAAUCAUCUGAUGAACAAGGAGAAAGAAAGAUCCUAAAUGAUGCACUUGGCUUUACGCAACGACCGCACAUCCAAAGCAUACUUACCCCGUUACAGCGUCCGGUUGGAAUUCCUCGUCUUCAGUCUCGCGUUGGUGCACCAUUCGCGAGACUUUAUGCCCCAGAGCUGGCACAAUAUGAUGUACCUAUGGAGGAGUUUGUUGAGUUCAUUGACAACAUGAAUAUAGUGUGUGCGGAUUUUGUGCCACUGCAGAUUUUGGAUGCAGUGGGUUCUUUGGUUGGACUUGUUCCAAAUCACUGGGCGCAGAUGGCUGGAGCUGUUACAUCACUAGGGUCAAAAGUCGCCGUGCAUGCGGUAAGCAAAAUCCGUGGAGAGACGUUUCUUCGACGCGUGAACUCCGAAUACUUUAACCCACGAGGCUUGUCGGUGCAGAUGUGCACCACCGAUGCUUUGGUGCGUCUUGGGCAUGUUCCUCCCGAGGCGGCGAAGAUGCCUCCUUUGGAUCAUGUCACAGCCACGAUGUCUAUUGAAGAGCGCCGGCUUUCUCAUCUAAUGCCGUGGCUGUCGCCAGUGACUGACCAAGUGCCAGCGCCGUCCCCACAAACGAAUAAGCUGAAAGAGUUGUGCAACAAACAAGCCGCUUACACCUCAAGAAGGACACAACGCAAAGUUAUGGAUGAUCGAUUUGAUGCAUUCGAGAAACAGGGCCCUUCGCCGGCAGAAGCAGAUCAGAUGUUCGCGACCCUUAGAGCGAAAGGGGAAUUCACGCCUAGACAGAUUGGCAAGAUGGAAAAGAAAUAUAUGAAGGGCGAACGGGAGCGUAGCAAGGACCAGAGAGAUUACGAAAAAGAGAAGUCAAAGAUUGAACGAGAAGCGGAGAAAGAUAUAAUGAAAGCACAUCGAAAGGGUAAAAUAGAAGACUUGGUCAAGGCAGAAAGGAAGCGAGAAAGUGAGCUUGGCAAGUUGGACCGUGAGUAUUCAUCAGAGCAGCUCAAGCGCCAGAGGAGCUUUGAAAAAGAAGAUAAGGAGAGAAAGAAGGGCCACAAAGCAGUAUGGCUACUGGUCCAAACGAUAUCCCAGGUUCCUACGUUACGUAGCUGA